GCCUUCCGGGCGGGUGACAUUCAGCCGGCCAGUCGGGGCGACGGGCUCUCCGUCCUAGGACCAUGGCCCAGUUUGUCCGUAACCUCGCGAAGAAGGCCCUGGCACUGGUCAACGCUGCUGUGACUUACUCGAAGCCUCGAUUGGCCACGUUUUGGUACUAUGCCAAGGUUGAGUACUAUGCCAAGGGGUUGGUUCCUCCAACCCCUGCUGAGAUCCCUACAGCAAUUCAGAGCUUGAAAAAAAUUAUCAACAGUGCUAAAACCGGUAGCUUCAAACAGCUCACUGUUAAGGAAGCUCUACUGAAUGGUUUGGUGGCCACUGAGGUGUGGAUGUGGUUUUACGUUGGCGAGAUCAUAGGCAAGCGUGGCAUCAUAGGCUAUGAUGUUUGA